AUGAGUGCGCAGGAUGAAGCAAAUCUGGCUGCUUCCAACCACCAGGCGCCCGCGCCACCGUUGAUUGAGGGCGAUUCAGACCACUCGAAAGCUACAGGCACCAGCUCAGCCUUGUCCCUAGAUCAGAACAGUCAUCCACAACCAGUGACUGCUGCGACUAGCCAUGACGCUGCAUCAGAGUCCGUGGAAGAUCCUCCACAUGGCGCAUCUGCGAUUGUGACUAUAUCGACAAAGCCGGCACAAGAUCCUAUCCAGAGCCGCAAAACGUUGCUCUUUGCGUGGUUCGAGAGGACAUUUUCCGACAGCUGGAUCCCAGAGAUUGGCGCCAUCGUGUUUAGCAUCCUCUGCCUGGUCGCCAUCGUCGUCACCUUGGCUGUUUUUAACAACAAACCGCGUCCCCAGCUGGUAAAAUACAUCACCUUCAACACUAUUAUCUCCAUAUUGGCGACGGGGACCCGCUCAUCCUUAAUCUACGUCACUGCGGCAACACUUGGACAGAAAAAAUGGACAUGGUUUAGGAGCCGACCAAGACGUCUACGCGACGUGCAAGCCAUUGAUGAAGCGAGUCGCGGCCCGCUCGUGCCUUCUGCAAAUGCUUCAGCCCGAAGAGCGACAUUUAUCCCGGAUCUAGGCCGCUCCACGGUGGCCCAAGACGCUGUCGCACUUGGUACAUUCUCAGACUAUUAUCCACGUAAUCCGGCAUGCCCAUCGCGAAAUUGCACCUGGCCGGAUGUGCGCUCCGUCGGCUGGUGCUCUCAAUGUGAAGAUGUCACUAGCCAGGCCAAGAUCAUUGAUUGUGAUCAUCCUCUUGACUGGAAUGUUGACAACUACACCGCGGAAGAGUACAAGAUCACCAACUGCAAGUUCUCUCUGCCUUCCUUUGAGCCGGUCUCUUCUCUGGUCGUCAACGCCUCAACGACGGUUGGAUAUGAGGAAUGUUAUAGUAACAACACAUGUCGCGACAUUCCCCUACUCGACGGAAACGACUCGGACGCUACGGGCACCGCUUCUCAAUAUGAACUACAGCAGCGGAUGGUCCUACAGAUGUACGAAAUUGUGCUCGCUCCUGUCGUCAGCGCAUCCGGCUGUGGUAUUGCUUCAGCCGUGAUAUGUAGCGUUUCGCCCUGUAUGAAUACCUACUCAAUCUCAGUCCAGGACUCUCAAGAGCACACCAAGCUGGUGGACUCGCAAUUCUAUCAAUCGCGUCUACGCAAACUGGCAUCUUUCGGCGAGGACCCCUCUGAGUCUCCGCUAGAAGCAGCCACGUGUUUUGAAUUCGACGACACUCUAAAGAAGUACAGCAGGGUGAUACCGUGGCCAAGCGCCGUGCCUUCAUUUGUCGAUGUAGAGCACGAAGCAUUCUGCAUCUUUGACUGGAGGCUCUUAACAGACAUCUCCAACUAUACCUGGGCUUCUCCUCUUGGUCCUUGGGUCGACCCAAUUGUGUCAGCCAUCUCUGCAACCGUGUCUGUCGCCGCCCCUUUCUUGUUUUACGACUCCGGAAUAGAACCUGGUUCGACCUUUGUGCCCACACCUUCCGGCUACUCUUUCAUCGAACAUAUUCUGUCCCAUGGCGGGCUGCCGUCUGCCCUCACUAACAUCAGUCAUUCUCUGACGAGCCUGAAUCUUGAGUAUUCGACGGAGACGGUGUCAGGCAGUCUCGUCGAGCAAGUGGUCUUCGUGCACGUCCGAUGGUGCUGGAUCACGCUCCCCGCCAUCCUCGUUGCCGCUGCCGCAGUCUCGCUGGUGAUGGCCAUCCUCGAGACUCGGUCUCAUGGUGCUGAGUUGUGGAAGGACUCGACGCUCGCUUUGCUCUACCAUGGGAUUGCCGAGAAUGUCAUAGACAGCCAAAAGCUGUACAGCAAAACCAGUGAGAUUGAUAAGGCUGCUCAGGCGGUUGACGUUCAACUGACGACGGACGACAACUCGGGGAGACUUCUGCUGAGACCACAGAAUCGGCCUGGAAAGGCUUGA